AUGCAGGAAUCUAAGUCAAUAGAUCAGAACGUAGACGAUUUCACGAAGUUAAUUGUGGAUCUUGGGAACUUGAGUAUUGAAAUCCCAGAAGAGGUUCAGGCGAUUCUUCUGUUGAAUGCAUUGCCUUCAAGAUACGAUCAGUUGAAGGAGACACUCAAGUAUAGCAGAGAAGGAAUCAAGAUGGAAGAGAUCGCAAGUGCAGCCAAGUCAAAGGAAUCGGAAUUUAGGGAUAUGCCAAGCUCUAGGAGUAACAAUGGUGAAGGUCACUACGUUAGAGGCAGAGAAGAAACGAGGAGUUUCAAGCCAGGAAAAGGGAAGCAACAGCACAAAUCGAGGUCAAAGUCACGAGACGGCAAGAGAGUUUGCUGGAUUUGUGGGAAGGAGGGACACUUCAAGAAGCAAUGCUACAAGUGGCUUGAGAGGAAUAAGGGAAGAGGUGUGUCACAAGAAGGAGAAGCUUCAUUAGCCAGAGACGAUGCUAAAGAUCUUGUGGGUUUAGUAGCACAAGAGGUGAACGUGAUGCAAGGCACUCAGACGUCAGAUGAGUGGAUUAUGGACACGGGAUGUUCGUUCCAUAUGACACCAAGGAGGGACGUGUUCCUGGAGAUGAAGGAACUUAACACAGGACGAGUGAAUAUGGCAAACAAUACUCAAGCGCGAGUAAAGGGCAUAGGGUCAGUGAGAUUUGAGAAUCCAGACGGCACGACUUUUGUUCUUCACGAAGUCAGGUUCAUGCCUGAGAUUGGGAGGAACCUCAUAUCGAUGGGGACUUUAGAAGAGAAGGGAUGUGAGUUCAAAGGUGCAGGUGGAGUUCUAAAGGUGAUUAAGGGGUGCACAGUGAUCAUGAGGGGUCACAGAAAUGGAAAUGACACUCUCUACUUCCUGAAAGGAAAAGCAAGAAGUUCAGACGCAUGUAAUGCAUCAACGGGCACAAGUGAAGGCGAUAAGAGAGAUCAGACGAGUUUGUAG